CCCAACACCCCAUACCAUACCUCACCUUCACCAAAAUUCACUUCUUCUUUUUUAAUAUAAAAAAUAUAAAAUAAAAUAAAAAAACAAGAUCAAGAAAACCACAUCCACAUUCACAUUCACUUCACUCUCUCUCACACAAACACCAUGAAACUAACACUCUCUCCUAAAUCACCAUGCUGUUUGAAAACCCUUCUUCUGAUCUUCACCACUCUUUCAUUUCCUUCUUAUCUUUCUCUCCCUAUUCCUGAUGCAGCAACAGUUCAACAACUCACACCAAAUCCAUCUUCACAAGGAACAAUCCCUGCAUUUCCAGAACAAGCUGAUGUUUCAAGGUGCCCUUUGAAUCUCUCAGAUGAACACUUCAAUGCAAUAAAAAACUCAUGCAGUUCCAAAUCUAACAAAAAUCAUGCUUCUGAUAAUAACAAUGAGCUUCAUCGUAGUCGUUGUUGUCCUGUUCUUGCUGCUUGGCUUUAUUCUGCUUAUUCCGCAACUGCCCUUGGAACUGUCACUAGUAGUAGACACACUACUUCCUAUGAUAUGCCUUUGUUGCCUGAUGAUUCUGAAACAUGUGAGGGUAAUUUGGGAAAAGCAUUGAAACUUAGAGGGAUUGAACUUUUUCAACCUAAUGAGACUUGUGAUGUGGUUUAUUGUUAUUGUGGUAUUAGACUUCACCCUUUGAGCUGUGCUGAAUCUUUUAAACUUACUAAAAGUGGAAAUCUUGUUGGAGAUGAAAAUGUGAAAAUGUUGGAGAGAAAUUGUUUGAGUAGUAGUAGCAAUGGUGUUAAUGGAUUUCCUGGUUUAGGAGGUUGCUCUAAGUGCUUGCAUAGCCUCUAUUUGCUUAGAAAGAAGACUUCAAAUUCAAGCAAAACAUUAGAUAGAACAACCAAGAUUCAUAACAAAGAUUGUGAACUAAUGGGGUUGACAUGGCUUUUGGCUAAGAAUAGGACAGCUUAUAUUCACACAGUUUCUUUGGUUCUUCGUGCAUUGAUGUUGAACUCUGAUGGCUCUGAUCCACAAUCAUGCACUCUCAAUAGUGAUGGAAUGCCUCUAGCUGUUGAUUCCUCUGAAAUGUUUGAUCAAUCUUCAUCAAUCAACCUUCAACCACCAAUCUUUCUUUCUUUGUUAUUUCUAUAUUUUGUUCUAGUUAUUAUGAAUUUCAUUCUAUUAUCCACUUAACUCAAAUGAGAACAAAAAAAUUGAUUUCAUCUUAGCAUUUGUAAAUUUGAAUCUUAGCUUUGGUGCCUUAUUACUAGGAAUGUAAUAUUUAUUAGUGUGCGCUUGGUUUCCCCGUAGCAACAAUCAAAAGAGAUUCUAGACACAUAAAAUUGAUUUUGAGAUUUGAGUUAUGUGAUUGAAA